UGUUGAUAUAACACAAGGAAGUGGAUCUGGAUUUGGUGAAGGAAUAACAGCCGAAGAGCAGCACAUCGCGACCGCACUUGCCCAAGACUCUAGAAGAAAGACAAACAGUAAGCAAUCAGAACAGGAUCCAGCGAAAAUGAUCAAUAAUAAGGUCGAGAAAUCUCUUGAAGAUUACUAUAAGCACCAAGAGCCUUUCACCUUUUCACGCCGUCCUAUCGCUAAGAACAAUAAUAAACCACAAAAAUUACUUGAGAGAUCGACAAAGUCAAGACCACAAGCAUUAGGUAACACGGAAAGUCAAAAAUCAAUCCAAAUCAAAUCCUUUUGGAACAAAGUAAGUCAUGAAGGCACUUAUGAUACUCCUAAAGAACAGCAGGCUGUAGUCAUUGAGGGAAUUCACAACGGCCAGCUUCAAGGUACAGAUACGCCUCACGAACAAGCUCUCCCGCGACUUUCACCACCUUUGAUAACCAUCAAUGUAGAGCCUUCUGUUCAAAAGGUCGAAGCAUCUGAUCAGUUGUUGACAGAGAAUGARAGCGAAUCGGAUGUCUCCAAAGAAACCGCCGACAUAACAGUUCGUGAAUCCAGCGAGGKRCAAAAUAAAGGAGCUCAAAGUCCGSAAGAYACAAUUGUUGAAGUGAAAAUUGGAUUUAUGGGAAACCAUCAGGGGGYUCCUUCCGAUCAAACAUUCUCGCAAGAAAAGAGAAAGGAAGAAAUAGACUURGGUAAAGAACAACGUAGGSAUUAUCGACGGUACAAUAGCCACGCAAAACAGCCUGAGCCAACACCGACRCAAGAAGAYAACAUCGAGGAAGAUGAUACCWACGACUACAUCCACGACGACGAUGAUGGAAAGAAAAUGAUUUCCAAAAAAUCCGAACAAAAUCAAAUUGAACAGCACACUGACGCYGACACUGAUGAGAAGCCAAGUCAUGAAGAAACAAGUAUUGAAGGCAAAUCAAGGAAUAACACAAAACACAAGCAUAAACGCCAUCAUCAUCAUCAUCAUGGAAAGCAUAAAAAGCUUCAGCAAAAGCACAAAGGAAAGUCUGCAGACGAWUCAAACCAAGUGUACAAUCAUGAUUCAAAUCAUCCAGAAAGCCAAMUUCUUAMAGACGAUCUKUCUCGAUUCGUUGAAGUAAAUGGGUUCAUCACAACUGUUGGAGAUCAAUCCGAAGAGMACAACACACACGGAGAGGCUCCAGAGGAACAUUCACGUUCUGAGAAUGAGGAAGGUUCAGGCAAGAAAAAGCACUCCCAUAAAAAGCGACAUAAAAAGAAACAUAAAAAGAGACAUCACCGACGCCACAACAAAACGUCUGAGGAUCUAGAAGAGGACGAACCAAAAAUUGAAAUGCUUCCACUAACAACUGAGAGUAUUGGUGAAGUUUCAGAUAUCAACAUAAACGAUAACGUAUUUUCCCUGGACCGUAAAUCUGGACAUCGAAGACAAAAGAAGCACCACAGACAUCACCGUCACAAGCACCACAGAAAAUCUCCCAACGAUAUGACCUUUAACAGCCCUGAAGAACUGGAAAACAUAAAUGGUUACACUAUUCUCCAAAAAGAUCUAAGUGAGAACCCCAUUGUUGAAACACUGGAUGAAAAGGUUAAUAGACACAAGAAACGAAAGCAUCACCGAAGAAGACGUCAUCGUCACCACCACAACCACCACGAAGGACGGCACUACCAUCACAAGAGACACCACCAUAGAAAACGCGAUUGAGCAUCUUUGCAAUAAGAAAUGAGCAUAGAGUGAUCGCCCUUAAUCCGUGCAACUGUACAAACUAAAUAGUUCUAUUUAGUUGUAUUUAGUAAAUCGGGUAU